CUGGCCGCGCGACCCUUCCGCGGGCACUGCCUCUCCCAAACCCUCCACCUGCGCACAGUCCGUCCACUGCUCCGUUACGCGCACCUUUUUCACCUCAAAACUUUCCCUCGAGACGUCAAACUCCAAUUCAUGCUUUAUCUGGACGCCCAGCGCCUGCUGCGUUUGGGCCUGGAGGCCGCCGCCCGCCGCUGGAACUUCGACUUCCUCACGGAGGCGCCGGGCGCCGCCGGCAACCCCGAGUGGGAGGAGCUUAGCGCCCGGGACGUGCCGGCGUUCUACCGCAGCCGGGCGGCGCCGGGCGGGGCCCCGGGGGGGGGGGGCGGCGCCCGCCAAGGACGCCAGGCGGACGUCCACCUCGUCGGGCGAGGAAUCGCCCACGUCCGGCAGCUCCUCCGGGGACGAGUACCUGGAGGUGACCACCAGGGGGCGCUACAGGCUGCAGAGGCCCGGGAAACGCCGCCAGGCCGCCAUCACAGGUGA